CUGCAGGUAUUGUCGCAGUAGACGUGAAAAUCCAUUAAGAUGGUCAGAACACUAAAAGGACCAAGCCGAUGGUUUGAUUGUUAUUAUCUGAAGAACAUGUUUUUUGCCAGCAGCCUGUAUUGUAGUAUUGGUAUUAUUAUUCAAAAUAUUUCGGACUAUAGACUAUAUGGUAUUCUGUGUGUUUUGUCCGGGGCUGGAUUAGGCGAAAUGCUCUGGAGUCCGCUUCGUGUAUCUGCUGAGCCACGUCUAUAGCCGUCCGUACCCGGAUACCCGGAGCAGGAGCCGCACACUCGGCUGGAAAUAAGGCUGGUCUCUGUACGAAUAAAGGCGUUGCGCAUAUCCUCCCAGACGGGCUUAUCCGUGCAGGGAGAGGCAGAGCCUGUGUGUCGGUGUGUGUGUGUGUGUGUGUGUGUGUGUGUGUGUGCGUGUGUAUUUUGGAAGCGGACCGGGUUCAUGCGUCCUCCCUACGGGCUCCUAUUACAGCGCAGGGCGAGUGUGGAGCCCACGACGGAGACGCGCUUCUAUGGCCACUAUUAACAGCAUCGUUUUCACAGUUUCCCCAGAAAUCCAGGAUAAACAAAAGGGUCGGAGUUUGUGAGGAGUAAACACACACUCACACACACACGGACACACAAACGUACAGCCAGCAUUACGGGUGUCCGUGAUCUCCCGGACCCUACAGACCGCAUCAGGAAAGCGGAUAUCUGUUAUUCUGCACUUUCCCGGAGCGGCUUUCGGAUCGGGAAUACCGCAUGAACAGCUGAACAGGCAGCGCAAAAGUCCGAUUACCGGCCCUCCUCCUCGGCUGCCCCUUCUGUUAGAAAUCUUAAGGAGUGAUGGGCGGGGCCGGACUACAGCUGCUGUUGCUCCUGAUUGGCUGGGGGAGGGUCAUGUGUCUGAACUGGAACCCGGUCCCACGAAAGACAGUGUUAUACAGCGAUGUGUGCGACAGCAUGCCGCGGUUCCGGGCUCCCGGCUGGUGGAACUACACGCUGCUCCGGUUAGAAGACCACGACAGGGUGCUGUAUGUGGGUGCGAGGGAAGCCAUCUUCGCCCUGGACCCCAGCAACAUCAGCAGGCAGCUGAGAGCGCCGGUUGAGUGGCAAGCACCACUGGAGAAAAAGCGGGAGUGUGUUUCCAAGGGCAAGAGCAACCAGACCGAGUGCUUCAACUACAUCCGCUUCCUGCAGAGCUACAACCAAACGCACCUCUACAGCUGUGGCACCUAUGCCUUCCAGCCCAAGUGUACCUACAUUAACAUAAAUGGCUUCACACUUAACAGCGCCGCCCUGGAGGAUGGCAAGGGCAAGUGCCCUUAUGACCCAGCCAAAGGACAUACAGGGCUGAUAGUUGACAAGGAACUGUACUCAGCCACACUCAACACCUUCCUGGGCACGGAGCCAGUCAUACUGAGGAGCCUGGGACAGCAGCACUACACCAUGAAGAGCGAGCACUUGCCAACCUGGCUCAAUGAGCCGGACUUUGUGGCCUCGGCCCUGGUGGAGGAGAGCAGAGGGAGCCCCGAGGGAGAUGACGACAAGAUUUAUUUCUUCUUCAGCGAGCGUGCCCAGGAGCUGGACUGCGACAGCGAGCUGACGGUGGCCCGUGUGGCUCGAAUUUGCAAGGGGGACGUUGGUGGCACUAGGACUCUGCAGAAGAAGUGGACCACGUUCCAGAAGGCGCGGCUGAUGUGCUCCCUCCCCGAGCGCCAUGUCACCUUCAACAACCUGCGCGCCGUCUACACCGUGAGCCAGCCUGACUGGAGGAAUACCGCCUUCUACGGCAUCUUCCACGCACAGUGGGGCGACGUGGAUGUGUCGGUGGUUUGCCAGUACCGAAUUGCCGACGUUAGGAAGGUGUUCGAGGGGGCCUACAAGGAGCUGAGGGAGCCGUCGCAGAGGUGGGGCCGCUACACAGGGCCCGUACCAAGCCCACGGCCCGGCGCGUGCAUUACCCGCUGGCACCGGGAGAAUGGCUACAACAGUUCUCUGCAGCUGCCAGACGCCACCCUCAGCUUCGCCAAGAAGCACCCACUGAUGGAGGAGCAGGCUCAGGCACGCCCCCUGCUGCUCACGAAGGGCAUAAACUUCACACAGCUGGCUGUAGACCAGGUCAUCUCUCUGGACCAGAGGGUGUACAGCGUGCUGUUUAUUGGCACAGCGCAUGGCUGGCUGCAGAGGGCGGUCAUCCUAGGCUCCGAGGCCCAUGUCAUUGAGGAAAUCCAGCUUUUUGAAUCUCCACAGCCCGUGGACAGCCUCACAAUAUCACACUUGACGAAAUCUCUCUAUGUUGGCUCCAGAACAGAAGUUCUUCAGCUCCCUCUGGCCAACUGCAGUCGCUAUCAGUCCAGUCCAGACUGCCUUUUGUCCCGCGACCCCUACUGUGCCUGGGACAACGAGGGGCGGGCCUGUGUCCGUGUGGACCAGCAUCGCGGGUCCACCUCGACACUUAUGCAGGACCUCCUGCUGGACAGGUUCAGCCGGGGCAAUGCCAAGUUUGAAAAGCCAGUUUCCAUUCCCAGCCCAGAACACUCAGUGCUACGGAAUGUCACGGUGGUGGUGGGAUCUGACCUGGUGCUGCCCUGCCAGCUGGUGUCUAACCUGGCACAACCGUCCUGGCUGCUGAACGAGCGGGAGCUGCUGCAGGGCCCCGAGGGGGCUGUGGGGGCCCGCUUCGACAGGGCCCUGCGUGCUCUGGUCAUCCCUGACGCGGGGCCCAUGCAGGCCGGUCGCUACACCUGCUACUCAGAGGAGCAGGGCGUACGCUUCCAGACAGAGCGCUUCCAGGUGACGGUGGUGGCCAGCGCCCCCGUGGUGAUGAAGGCACGGGCCCCCGACGCCAGCAUGGGGCUCUUCUGGGUGCUGGUCAUCACUCUGGGGGCCGCCUGCCUGCUGCUGAUGGGCGUGGCCCUGUACCUGCGGCGGCGCCUCAAGCUGGCCCUGGGCAAGGGCGCCGAGAUGAAGCCCCUGGAGAGCACGCUGGUCUACCCCAUCACCCUGCCCAAAGAACCGCCCACCUUCGUGCCCAGCAAGAUGUCCGGCGACGAGGAUCGCUUCUGGGAGACGGGGGGCAACUAUUACUACUCGGAUGGCUCGCUGAAGAUCGUGCCUGGCCACGCGCUGUGCCCCGGGAGCAGCUCGGCCCCCCCCAGCACCAUCCCCGGGCAGCCCAUUCACUCACCGAGCCGACUGAGCCUUACUAACAUCCGCGGCUCCGGGAGCAACGGAUAUAUCCGGCUCAACAUGAGCGCGGCUGGAGAGGAGCGGGCCGGCGGGGGCGGGGCAGGGGGCGGAGGGCUGGGCGCCGGGGGCAGUCUGGGGAAUGACUACACAAGCCCCUUCAAGGAGGAGCUGCUCCGCACCCUACAGCAGAGGAGCGUGCUGCCAGACGCCAACCCCGAGGAGUCCUCCGUGUAGCCGAGCGCGGAACCGAGUCCAGCGGCGGCGGCAUCGGCUCGAUUCAGCUACCUCCCUCCCUGUGCAGAAUCCUCUCUCUCGAUACGGUCCCCUCUUGCCAGACCCUGUGCUGCUCUCUCUCAUCCGAUCCCCCCCCCCCAACCCGCGCCUUUCCAUUGGGGUCACAUCCCCGGAAUUUUGCCCAUGGGCGGACUCCCCUCCACUUUAGCACCAUGUGUUGCAUUUGCGUUAUUUUGCUCUGAAAUCCCUUGGAUGGUGUACAUGUUGUAUUUAAAACCUCUGUAUUUAUGCUAGACGACCGCAAGCAUGGCGAUCGAGAAAGCGGAUGUUUCUGAGCUUAAAAGAUCUGGUACUUUACACUUCAUGUCUGCGAGUCAUUCCAGGCAGUACCACACCGGUUCAGUGACACAGACUGCAUGUCAACGGAAAACCCGAAAAUAUGUUUUGGAGAAUCUGUCUUUUUUUCUCUGGACUUAACCGGUCUGUUAAACUGGUUGUUUUCUGUGAAAGUGAAAAAGAAGGAGAGAGAGAGAAAGAGAGAGAGAGAGACAGAGACAGGCAUGAACUAAAGACUGAAAAUAAGAUGACAAUCAUAUUCUUCUGUCGGGGGGCGGGUGAACUUCAGGACAAUCGGAGCGAGAGAGAGAGCACAGAAGGAGCUGAAUGCCACAAAGCAAAUGAAGGAUAAAGCUCAUGGGCUCCUUAAAAACUGUUUGUACUUUUUUCAACACCGUCUUGCUUGUUUAUUGCUCUUGUGAAAAUAAUAUAUUGUGAUAUUGUUGAUUAUGACUUUUUUUCAAACUGCUACUUUAUUUAUGUAUGAGACUGCGGCAGUAAUAACUUACGGCUUUAAAGCUCUCUAGCCGUAUGAAGGAACGGCCAGGGGUGCGUGGCGGCGCCCUCUGCCCGCCGUUAACCUGCGCAGAGCUGCCCUUUUCGGAGGCCAGGAGCAGAGUGAGGUGGUGAAAUCACACAGACUCUGUCUUAAUAUCCGGCGAGAGCGUUGAUGAUCUUAAAUGAUGUAUUUUGACACGUUCAAGGGCUGGAGAAGUUUAAUACUGCCACAAUCACAGCCGACGUCUCUCUCUCAGUUAUGCGGGGUCCAUGUGUCGUGGUGGACAGCUUUGUGUGUUGUGGGUGGGCGGGUUUCACUGCGCCCUCACCUGUGACGCUAGGGAGCAUCGGAGAGGGCGCUGCACCCCUACGGGCACACAGGCGGACGGAGCCGGACGACCGGCGGCGCAGGUACAGCCGGGGCCUCCGCAGGGUCGCCGUGUCCCUCCACCGUGCAUAGGGGGCGUCUCUCGCUAACCGUCGCCCCACCCUCUCUCUGGCGCUGUCCCGUUCCUUGCAGACGUUCCCCCCUGCACCCACCACAACCCCGUGUGAAGCUGGGCUCGCACGCCGACUCUGAUUUCUCUUCGUGAAGAAGAAGAAGGUGUGAAUUUUGAUGAAGAUUCCAGGUGAAGAGGUACGCUGCACUUCCCCAAAGGCCGGACUGAGAUCCGAUCAGGCUUUGAACUGGAAAAUAACAUCACGCCCUGUUCCCUCAGGCUGCACCUCUUCACCGGGGGAAAAGCCAAAGACGACUGCAAGUGUUUAUUUCUCUCUGCCUGAUUUUUUUUCCACACUUUUUCUUUCUGAUUGUAAAUCUUCAAAAUCCUCCCUGAACCCAAAACGUAAUCCAGCCGGUGCCUCUCCUACUCACAGACAGCUAGACGAGAUUAGAACACACCUUGUUAUCUACCAGUCUAUAGGCUGUUUCAGUGCUGUUUCAUUUCAUCGCUGCCCCUACAGAUUAGUGAUGUGUAACAUACAGAUCAUGUACUUAGGGUUUUACUCAAUUUGCUGUCACGCUGAAGCCUUUGCUUUGCAUGCGUUGGCCCCAGAGCUUCGUAAAACGAAUCCAUCCAUCCAUCCGUCACUCAUCUGCUGAGGAAGCCCCUCAGAGAAUGGACUGAUGUCUGGAAACCUUGGGGAAUCCCUCACUCUGAGCCAGGCCCCCCCCCCCUCACGCCCCCACCCAGACACGUGCAUCUUUUUAAAUGUUGUUUACACUCCACAGCUUUAAUUUUGUUUUUAUACUUAUCAUUUGAACACAUUUGAAAAGCUGUUACAUAAUUUGUCUGCUUGAGUCUUAGUUUUUGUUUAUUACAGGAUUAUGUUGUUUGUAACUUAUUUUGCCUGUAUAAAACAUCAGUAUUUAUUGUCACUGUAAAUAAGUUGUUAUUUUUAUAUAUAUAUAUAAAUAUAAAUAAAGGUAGGGAUGGCA